AUGAAUACUGUCAUAUUCAUCUAUGGAGCUCGGCCCAGACAAAGUUCUGCUCUGAUUGCCGUGGGGACAGUGGCUGGUGUGGUCACUCUGCUGUCACUGCUGUUCCUUGGAUACCGCCUCCUCACAGGUGAAAAGAAGCUGAGUCUGGUGAUUCCAAACAUCCCAGAGAUCUCAAAUUCUUCAUGUGUGGACAUGGAGGAGCUCAAACUGUGGGAGCUGAUUGGUCGAGGCCGGUAUAGCUGUGUGUAUCUCGGCACCCUGGGCGAGCGCACUGUGGCAGUGAAGGUCUACCCCUCUGCACACAAACAGAAAUAUGUCAACGAAUGCUACAUCUACACCCUCCUGUCACUACGGCAACAGCCCAGCAUUUCCCAUUUCCUGUGUGCGGACGAGAGGGUGGAUAGUGAGGGCAGCACACAGCUCCUCAUUGUCAUGGACCACUACCCACACGGCUGCUUGUCUCACUUCCUGUCCCGCACUUCGGUGGAUUGGACGUCCUGCUGUAGGAUGAUGCAUGGGGUGACCAGGGGGCUGUCCUAUCUGCACUCAGAGGUCCUCUCUGGAGAUGAGUCCAAACCUGCACUGGCCCACAGAGACGUGAGCAGCUCUCAUAUCCUGGUGCGCUCUGACCUGUCCUGUGUCCUGUCCCACUUCAGUCUGUCCAUGAGCCUAACCCGAGACCCCACUCAUCUCCAUGGAGACGGGGACAGCGUGGCCAUCUCUGAGGUGGGGACUCUCCGGUACCUGGCCCCUGAGCUCCUGGCUGGGGCCCUGGACCUGCAUGAGUAUGGCACAGCUCUAAAGCAGGUGGAUGUGUACGCUCUGGGACUGCUGUUCUGGGAGGCCUUCAGGAGGUGCCAUGACCUGUUCCCUGGGAGGGAUGCACCACACUUCCAGCUGGCCUAUGAGUCAGAGCUGGGACAGGAGGUGUCUCUGGAGCACAUGCACAUGCUGGUGGUCAGGGACAAGAGCCGGCCCUGCUUCCCCCCGGAGUGGAACCACAACAGCUCGGUUCUGAGGCAGCUGAAGGAAACCAUGGAGGACUGCUGGGACCAGGAUGCAGAGGCCCGGCUGAGUGCACAUUGUGCAGCAGAGAGACUGUGCCAACUGUCCCUGCUCCCAGUGCCCACACAGCACACACACAGUCUCCAGUCUCAUGGGUGUUGGCCUCCACUGGACCUGUCCUCCUCCAGGCCUGAUGUAGCUGUGGACCUGACAAGCUCCAGCAGCACAGUGGAAAGGUGCACCGUGGAGGACAUCUCCCAAACCGCUUCAGGAAGUGCCUUCUGCUUCACAUCCCCACUCACAGGUGGCGCUGUGCCUGGUGUCUCUGUGUGCCUGCCUCUGGAGCAAACACAGAAACAGUGGAUUACAUCUCCUGCACCUGUCCUGCCUCAGAGGCCCUCCAGCCUGCAGCUCCUGUCCACUGCCUCAUCCAGAGAGAGGCAGGGGGUCUCCCAGCACACUGCCCGUCCCAGAGACAGGCAGGUGCAGACAGGAGUGGCUAAAAUGAACUCGGUGGCAGUCUUGGCUCAGGCCCCAGUGAGUGUUACCAUGGUGACCGGCAGAGGGGCGGUGCGGAUGGCGGAUGGCUCCAGUGCCGGGGUGCCCACUCUGGUAACCAACCGCCUGAUGGCCCGAGGAGUGACCAACCAGGCGGGGCCGCAGGAGGAGGACCCAUGCUGCAGCAGGGCCCCGGUCCAACUGUCCACGACAGAUCCAGACCCAGGACUGAACUUUGUGUGGAGCCCGGAUGAGCAGCAGCCCUUAUUGCGGAGCGAGGUGACCCCUGCUGGAGCUCUCCUGUUAGCGCAGCGCUCCAAUGCCAACAACAACAACAGCAACAUCCAGAAGGGGCGCUUCCACAGUCCAACAGCCCAGAAGACAGCAACAUCUGAUGGGACACCUAUUGGACAGAACAGCCUCUCUUUUGUCCCAGUGUCCAGUCCUCCUGUCCACCCAGCCAAAGGCAACUCUACCACAAAGCCUGGCACACAAGUUACUCCUCAGCCUGUGAACUGUGCUCCUUUUGUCCAAUCAGAAACCCUUAGACGGAGCUGUGGAGACCAGAUGUCCGUGUGUGAGAAUGGAGACCCAGCUGGGGCAGUAGAUGAUAAUUGUGUAGAGCCUGCUGACAGAUGUUGGAGUAAGAACAUUAGCAGUCCUGACCCAUUAAAAGAUUCCUCACUUACUGCUGGAUUUAACAAAGAAGAGGUAUUUCAUGGUCUAGCCCUGUCCCAUGACUGCUGUUCGUCCCUAGCUCCAAUGUCCCACAUGUCCCCUGAGUCGCCUUUGGGAGUCCCCCUCUCUCCUGUCUCCCCUGCACAUGUCCUGGGACAUGCUCCCUCAGCUCCAGGCGUGUUGUCCUCACACAAGGACAUGUCCUCAGAUUCUGCCACAGCUGCCCCGGACAGAGACAGGUGUCCCUCACGCCCCUGCUCUCUGGACCUGUCCUCCUUUUCUGCUUCAAAAGGGAGCGCUCCUCACACUGACUCGGGCCUGAGUGUCUCGGGGGAGAAGAUCCGGCGCAGAGUAAAGACGCCGUACACAGUGAAGAAGUGGCGCCCAGCCUCGUGGGUGCCUCCUACUGACCACCACCCAGAGCUGCUCCUGCAGGCCACACCCAACUGCCCCACAAUCAGCCAAUCCAAAUCCAGCAUGGCCAUGUUUGUGCUGGGAGGUGGGGCCAACUCCAAGCCGGAUGGACUCACCAGUUUCUGAUUGGUUCACACACUUUUUGGAAUAGCUCUACCUCUGUCUUCCACGAGGGUCUUUGUAUCUGUACAGUAGUGUGUAGUCAACUGGUGCUGAUUAAGUUAUGCUCAUGAGUAAACCAUAAAGCAGGUCUGAACAGCUCUGUGCUAGGUAUGGGGGAUACCACAGUUUUUGGUAAAGAUGUGAUACUACGCAGGCCUACUUUGGUGAGGGGGCUACUUACUUUCUGAUCUCUGUUAUAAUGUUGUUACCUCAUCACAAACAUAUCUGGAUAUUUAGACUUGUGAUGUCAUGUGAUAAUACAGGAAGUGCUCCACUGUGUUUUUAAACUCCAUACACCUUCACAGGAUGGACAGAAGCUUGUUUAAGACCAGAUGUGAGUGAGUCAAGCUCUGCACUCACUACACAUCCUGCCUUCCUCACCAGCUUAUCCAACCACACAGUGUCCUUCUUCUUGAGGCUUCCUCCUCAGCAGGAGGAGGGCACAGCGUUGAAGAGAUCACUGAUGAUGACUGUCUGGUGUUGAAAUGUUAAAGGACUUCAGCCUCAUGAGAAAGUACAGCCUGCUCUGUCUCUUUCUGUAGAGAAGGUGUGUAUUCUCAGACCAGUCCAGUCUGUGGUUGAGAUGUAAGCCAAAACACUCUACAACCUCCACAGUCCUUCUCAAUGCCCCCAGAACCAAUAAUAAAGAGUUACUGAAACAUGCAUGAAUGAAACAAAAACACAACUCCAGGUCUGUUUUUGAUGAGGUAACAACAUUAUAACAUGGCUUAAAGUUCACAAGAGUCCAUUGUGAGUAAUAUAACCUAAUACUUUUAAUGGUGAAGGAUUUAAAUAUAUCUACCUAUACAAAAGAGCAGGACACCUGACACAGAUGGAUCAGUCCAAAAUGCUGCUGGUGAACAUGUUUUUGACAAAAAACAAAAAAAAACCGUCUCAAAUAGAUGCUAGCCUUAAAAUCUGCAUAUGCUCAUCAGUAUCAUCAAUACUGGUGGUUUUCAGAUUCUACAAUGUGAUGAUGUCAUACUUCCAGAU